AUGGCGAGGUUGAACGCAUCCAACCCCGUUGGUCAAUAUGGGCGUCGUCCCAACAUGACCAAAUCACCAUCUUCACUAUUCUCCAAAACCGCACACUCUCCACUGAGACCAAAGCCAAAGACAAAAACGACAACUGCAAACCUCGACUUCAAGAUCUUUGAAGAUGCACAGUCAGCAGACGACGAGGCGGAAGAAUCCCACGCCGGAUCGCAGACCACAACGCCGGCAGUACCGCUGAAACUAGCACAUGCCAAUUCAAUCACAUCUGGCCUCUCCAAAUGCGCAUCGCAAGACAGCUCUUCUUCUGCGUCUAAUCGGUCCAGACGAAGCUCUAGUGACGAAGACGAAAGCUCUGACAAAGAGAACCUAUUCAUCGAAGACGAAGCAGAAGAGGCAUCCGAAGAAGAGGAAGAGCCCGAAGAGGAAAGGAACAUCGAAGGAUACACAGAACGCGAAGAGUUUGAUAGCCCGCAGCCCUCUCUGGUGGAUAGGCAGAUACCCAGAUACAUGCGCUACAGAGAGCCAGAGGCCGAAGCCGACUCGGAUACACAGUCGGAGCGUAGCGCUGACGAUGAGGAGGGAUAUAGUUCGCUCGAUGGUUUUAUUGUCAGCGACAACGAUAUUAGCUACCAAAACUCUGACUCUGAUCUACCAGAUGACAACGAAGGAGAAGAGGAGGAGGAGGAGGUGAAACCACCAUCACCAAAGCCCCUGCGACGGAGGCUGUUGAGGGGGCGCAAACCUCGAGAAUCUGGAAUCAACUUGGAAGAGCUAUCGAUUUCCGAGGAAGGCCCCACCGAAAACUCACCAAAGGCCUCUCCGUCUCACACUCCCUCGGAAGACAAACAUUCUCCGCAGGUCACUUCGAGCUUUACACGGCUGUUGCCAGAUAGUCAUGGUGAGAAAGAAACAGCCCGACCAAAGAACGAGCAAGUGAAGAGAAGUCCGCUGCGCGAAAGUAUCAACUCACUGCCAUCGAUAUCAGACUCUCCCACAAAGAAGCGUCUUGACAGACGAAUGGAGACCCCGCCUCCCAGCCCCUCGAAGGUUGCGCUUCCUUCACCAUCCAAGACCAAUUACCGAAUCCCUCCUUCGCCCCAUCGCCAGAGCUCUGAUGCCUUUUGGAGCCAAGACACCACAAACUCCUGGAACGACCAAUGGUCACCCCCAAAGAAAAACACCAAAGGCAGAGCAUUGGAGCGUCUACUUGCCGAACUUGAAAUUGGCCUAGAAGAGGAUUCAUCUAUAAACAGCACUAGAUCGAGCACAACCGGCAUUAGGUCGAAGGAAAGCACACCAGAGAUGACGGUCAAAACCCCAAGUAAAACAGCCAUCAAAAAAGCCGAAGUAGCUCAGAGAAAAGAAGUUGCUGCCCGCAAAAAGGCAUUUGAUGACAGAAAGACAGCCCUUGCACAAGACUUUCUCACCACACUUGACGAAAUAGUCUCAGGCGGGCAGGUCAAGAACCUCGCCGGACAAACAGGAGGCAUUAAGGUCAUAUGGAGCAAGACACUACGAAACACAGCUGGACGUGCAAACUGGAAGCGCGAAAAGAUCAACCAACCAGACAGGCAGGCCCAAUACGUGCACCAUGCCUCCAUCGAACUUGCUGAGCGUAUUAUCGAUGACGAAGACCGACUUUUGAACACGCUCGCUCACGAAUACUGCCAUCUAGCCAACUUUAUGAUCUCUGGCGUUCGCAAUCAACCCCAUGGUGCAAGCUUCAAGGCAUGGGGUUCCAAAUGUACCGACGCAGUGAGGCAACACCCCGAGUACAAAAACUACCCCGUGGAAGUCACCACGAAACAUUCCUACAAGAUUGACUACAAAUACGUCUGGAUCUGUGUCGAUUGUGGUAACGAGUACGGCAGACAUUCUAGGAGCAUAGAUCCUACUAAGGCGAGAUGCUCACUGUGCAAAGGUGGACUGCAACAGAUUAAACCUAAGCCGAGAAAUGUGUCUCCCAAGAAGAACAACGUCAACGCCGCAACUCAGAGUGUCGACAAGAUUAGUUUGGAUUAA